AUAAAAUUACAUUACGAAUAUGUAGGAAAUAGCAAAACACAGUCAUUUAAAAAUGGGAAGUCAAAUUAAUGUUGAGUUAUCAGAAGAACAAAGGCCAACUAUCGUUUUGCCCGUGUACCCAAAGCCACUGCCGGAGCGGGAUGUCAGCCAUAAGCUUGAUGAUAAUGGCUUUAGUAUUUUGGAGAAGUCUGCACUGCGCAAUGCUUGGCGUUUUAUUGAGCCCUUUCAACGCCGUUAUGGGCAGAACACAUUUUAUGACUUUCUUACGGAACAUGAGCUGCUGAUCAACACCUUUCGACAACAGGGAAAAAUCAACCUGACUAAGCUUCACGGUCAUGCCACCGCGAUGAUGAGACUUCUCUCGAAAUUGGUACAAACCUUGGAUAUGAAUCUGCAGUUUCGCUCGAGCCUGGAUGAGAAUCUGCCGUUUCAUCUGAAAACCGGCAUCGACCUCGAUGACAUGAAGAUGUUGGCAAAUGCUUUGAAGGAUUACUUGCUGUCCUCUCCGGUCAUUGAAAAACACAACUCCUGCACUCUGACGACUGCCCUUGAAAAACUGGUGACAAUUGUCGGUGGAUAUGCUGAGGCCGAAGAAGCCCGGAAAAAAGCCAUGUCUGGGUUCUACCGAAAUACCAAUACAAGUGUCGAACCUAAAAGCGAAAGGGCAUCCAGUAUUAAGUCAGCUAAGAAGUCUGUAAUAAUGGAUUAAUUCAGAGACAAAACAAAGUAAUACAUUUUUAGCAACUUUA